GUUUAUGACGGCGAUGUUGCGAUGAUAAUAUGUAUUAUGAAAGCGACACUGUGUGAUAAAACGAUUUUUGGAGAUUUGGUACUGAUGUUACGAACGAACUCUCCGAAGGUGCACACGUUUUGUUGUGAACGAGUUUCUCACAGCAAACGAUAAAUCAAAUGUUCGUGUUUUAAUGUUUGCAUUUUAUUUCGUCACGAACGGUUCCACUUUCCUAGCAAUCAAUUUCGUUGUUAUUAAAUAUCUUGUAUACACUAAUUAUAUUUUCGGCAAACGAUUGGAAAAUUAUAUUUAUUCACAACAUUUUGUGGUGAUAUGUCAAUCAGUCAGCUGUGCGCGAUCGUCAUGGUGGUAGAAGAUGUAAUCACUGAGUAGCUCAAGGCCGCAGUGUCGGUUUUUCGGAUAACGAAGUGUUUUCGUUAAGACAAGACAUGUCACUGGUGCAGAUACCGGUAUCGAGCAAUAUUCAUAUCACAUUAUCAGUUUAUCAUAAUAAUAAUUGUUGAGUGGUCGGUUUCUACGGUGGCUCGCGACAAUUAUUGCUAAUAUCUAUUAUUAAUCACUAGAAAUCGAGUACGCUAAGUAUCACACUAGUACACACCACACUACCACCCACAGUCCUAGAAUAUACCAGCCAUGAUUAACUAACUACCAGCAAUCCUUAGAACUUAGAAGAUUCUAAGACCGUGCCAGCAAUCAAGAUAUCAGAGAAGUACAAAGUAAAAGAAAGAAAGACGUCAAAAGUAGUAGUAUGCCUGAAUUAUUUUUAUGAUGAUGGCGUGGGGGUGGUAAAGUGAUUUGCAUUAUAGCUACAAGGGGCCCCAGUUUUUUUUUAACUAUUUAACGGUAAAUGCAGAAAAACGUAUAAAUUUAAACAAUAACUUUAUUUUUUUAAUUUAAAAUUCAAUUUUUAUAAAUUUAUUUAUUAAAUUUGAAAAAAUAACAGGUAUUUUUGUAUUUUAUGUAGUAAAAUGUACCAACACGGAAUACUAACGUAAAUACGUGAUGAUGAGUAUUGAGUAAUAUGUUUUUAAAUAAAUGAACGGUUGCAGUAGCAUCUAGAUUCUAGAGGUUCUUGUAUCGUGCGUAAUCGUCAUACACCAACCGUGUAUGACGACUUUGACGAUCAUGAACAAUAAUAUUGAAUGUAUUUCUAACUAUACACAGAGGCGUCAGAAAUCGUAGUCGCUAAUAGCUACUAUUUUUUUUUAAUAGUAAUGACGAUAAUGACGGUCAGCGUCAAAACUAUUAUUAUUUAUCGAUAAUGUCAAUCAUUAUUAUUUUCAAACGGAUUACAAUAGCAAGUGAACACCCUUGUAAAGUUAAAAGUAAGCAUUAAGCAGGCUUAACAGGACCAAGAACCUCAGAAAAAAAUCCCUACACUUCAAUUUUUUAAACGCUAAUUACAAAAUUAUUUAUAAUUAAUUAAAAAGAUAUAGGUUUUAAUAAAACAAAAUAUAUCAUUUGUAAAUACAAUGUCACCUCACAAUACAUAUUCAGAUAUUCUUAACAUAAAAAUUUAUCAAUUUGAAGUUUUUAUACGGAGUCCGUUUUCAUUUUUUCAUAGAUUUCAGCGUCCCCUUCAUCUAAUUAAGCGAGGAAACAUAAUAGCUUGAUAAAACCUUUCUAUAUGUGCUGGGGGUGUGGGGGACGAAGUCCAUAACGGGUUACUCACAAUUUAUCUGCUAUGGAAUGGUGUUUUCUGAAUUAAAACCAGCGUCCGUCCUCAAUUUUUUUGCCAAUUCGAGCACUGCUUACACAUUAUUGUUAAAAUAUUAAGAAAUGCGAUAUUUUAUUUCGGGGAUUUUUAUUCCGAUUACCGCUUAAAUUCGUUCCUGAAUGGGCUGAAUAAUGAUAGUUUCAUGACAAAAUAUAAUAUAUUGUAUUGUAUAUUGUAUAAUGGUUUCAGAUUUGCGAUUUCUCGUGUCGAGAUUGUUCGAAAUUACUGAGAUUAAUGUUGAGUAUGAUCGUAUGGCCGUUUGGCGACAUAAAUUCCAUUUUGUCAAUACACCCUAUGGCCAUUAUCAUAUUAGUUGAUGUUAUCACUCCACAGCUAACUAGCUAGCUUGGCAUUUAUCCCUUUAUCCCACACAACAUGACCAAAAACCAUAUAUCUAGUCAAGGUUGGCCAAUACAUUUUAUAGCAUGAUUGUCGAAUCUCUGGAUACCAAAUAACUAAUUUUUUUAUCAAGACUGAUUAUUAUGGGUGAACCAUUACCCGAUGUCCUAAAGCACAAAGUUAUUAUUAUUGGCGCUGGAAUAGCUGGUCUAGCAGCAGCCACACAUUUGUCACAGCAUAAUAUGAAUGAUUUUAUUGUCUUGGAAGCACAAAAUUGUAUUGGUGGUCGAAUAUGUUCUACUACAAUAAAUGGUCAACAAAUUGAACUUGGGGCUCAUUGGAUUCAUGGCGUAUUAGGUAAUCCUAUGUAUGAAUUAGCUUUGGCUAAUGGUCUAGUGGAUAUUACUCAUCGUCCGAAAUUACCCAGUAUUAUUGCAACUGCAAUGGAUGGAACUAAGGUUCCUAUUGAAUUAUUACAAGAAACAUAUGAAGCAUACAUGUGUUUUUUGCGGCGAUGUGAAGAUUACUUUACGGGCGCAUUUGAUCCACCACCCGGGAUUCACAGUGUUGGAGAACAUGUGCAGCUCGAAAUUGCAAUUUAUUUAGAAAAAGUACAAAAUAAUAAUGUUCGUAAAUUACAGCGGUUAAUUUUUAACUGUCUAUUGAAGCGAGAAACUUGUAUUACUGGAUGUAACAAUAUGGUUGAUAUUGAUUUAGUUGAGUUAGGUAGUUACAAAGAACUGCAGGGUGGUAAUAUUGCACUGCCCAGUGGUUACAGCAGUAUUCUAGAUCCAAUACAUAGCAAGUUACCACCCGAUUGCAUAAAAUUGAAUUCUCGAGUGACAAAAAUCAAAUGGCCAUCAGGCAUUGACAAUGGUACAGAUUCUGAAGAUUCUGAUAAGACUGUAAUUGAAGUGGGCGGAGAGGAUGUCACCAAUGAAACUGUGUAUGUUCAUUGUGAUGAUAAGAUUUAUGAAGCUGACAGUAUUAUUUGCACAUUGCCAUUGGGUAUACUCAAAUCCAAUGACAUUUUCUGUCCAAAACUACCUAAGUACAAAGAAAAAUCUAUUGGUAGACUAUUGUAUGGCGUUGUAGAUAAAAUUUUUUUGUAUUACGAUCGGCCAUUUUUGAGUCAAGAUGUAGAUGAGAUACUUUUAUUAUGGGAAAAUGAUGAAAUCGGGGAUUGGAGUGAAAAGAUAUAUAGUUUUUCAAAAGUAAAUGAUACACUAUUGCUUGGUUGGUUAUCUGGUAAUGAAGCUGAAAUUAUGGAGAAAUUGGAUGAUAAAAUAAUUGGAGACAAGUGUACAGAAGUAUUGAGACGUUUUUUGAAUGACCCUUGUAUACCAUAUCCAUCUAAAUGUAUUUGCACUCGAUGGAAAACUAAUGAAUUCAGUCUCGGUUCAUAUACAGCUAUUGGAGUUGGUUCUAGUCAGUUAGAUAUUGAACACAUUGCAAGGCCAAUGCAUGUUAAUAAUAAUAAGAUUCCUAUUAUAACGUUUGCUGGGGAACAUACCCAUCCAAAUUUUUACUCUACUGUUCACGGGGCAUAUUUGUCUGGGCGUGCAGCUGCUGAAAUGUUGAUUGUAUGUAAACGUGAAGACGAACCACUUAAUACUACAGUCACUGACCUAAGUUCAUGGGUACAAGGCUUACCACUAGCAUAGUAAAACUUUUGUUAUUUAAUUUAUUUAUUUAUUUUUUGCAACUGUAUUUGAUUAUUUUACCAAAUUGUGAUAUUAGAUAUUAGUUGUUAGUUCAAGUUAGAAAAAUGUCGCCUUUUUGACUGAACUUUUAAUUCUGGUCAACAGAUAAUUUUCUAAAAAUAUUGUUUCUUGCUAAAGCGCAUAUUUAUUUUCAUAAAUCUAAAACUCUGAAAUUUAUAUGUUUGUAAAGACUUAUUAGUUUUUAUAUU